CUCACUCUCUCUUCACCGAAGAUGCAGAUCUCAACACGUGCUCAUUUGCUUCUCUUCUUCUUCUUCUUCUUGAACUCUCUUGUUCACUCAUCACCCUCUGUUCAAGAUUUCCAGCCACUACCACCACCACCCACCUCUGGCGGUGAUUACGAUUACGAGCCUCACCUAUCGCCACCGGCGCUUCCGCCUGUGCCUGCUGCUGCUGGUGAUAGCGAUCCUCUCUCCGGCGAGUCCGUUCCCACGUCGCCGGCGGUGAUUGGGAAGCGGCAUCAUGGAUCUCCAGAAGCUCCGGUGAAGGACAACGGCGGCGUGUGGUGGUGUUCGGUGAGGGAGGAAGUGGAGGAGUGUAGAUUCUUUGUGAGUGUGAUUAACCAACUAACGGGCUACUCAUGGAAAUGUGGUCCAAGAGAAAAAGCCCAAGAGUGCAUGGUUUCGAUUCAGAAGAGAAGCAAUUUGGUGAACUUAGAAGCAGGGCUUGCUUAUACUGCUAUCAACCACUCAAUGAAAGCCAUAGCCAGUGAAUGUUCUGUGACCAUUCAAAACCUAUGACACGUAGUAGUAGUAACAGAAGGGCAUGUGAGAGCAAAGCAAAGAUCAUUAAUGGAUUUCAAAGGCCACAAGUCUUGUCAUGGAGGUUACUCCACAGCAGUUGGAUGGAACUACCCCAUCAAUUACAUUAAAAAUUUAAUUAACAGUGCAGAACAAGAUGGCAGGAAAAGAACUAAUUUUUUCUCUGCUAUCUGUGCUCCAUCAGAGGUUGAAGGUCUUGAUAUAUGCAGUGCAUGCAGCAAAGAGAAUGAAACCUGCUCUGAAAGGGGUAAAUACUCUGGUCAUUCAGGAGCUUUUAGGUGCCUAGUAGAGGAAUUGGGAGACAUUGCUUUUGUCAAGAGUGAUACUGUAUUGCUCUAUUCAAUGGAGGGGCCUCAUACCCAAUUAUGGUCAACAAAGUCUGUUAGGGACUUCAUGUAA